AUGCUCACGACGUGCCGCGUACUCCUCGGCGCCAAGCUCCCACCGCCGUACAGCUAUGCGCUUGAUCUGGAGUACAUCAAGUUCAACGGUAACUCUUAUGUGCGCUCACUAGCCUUGGUUCCAUUUGCGCGAGUAGGGCUGCCGUCACCGUGCCCGCCCUAUGCUAGCGAGGUCGUUGCCCGGGCAGGCAGCCCCGAGAGUAGUCGAGUUCAGCUGCCGCCUCACACACUCACCGACCUUGGGAGUGCGCCGACGGUGCUCGAGUUGAGCCCGAGGGAGGUGAUGCGGGUGGCAGAACCGCUCCCAUGUGGCCACCUUCUCCUGCCAAAAAUUCAGCAAGGUCUCGUGCAAGGAGCGGCCCUGGAGGAGCUGCGGGCCCCGCUCGAGACGGAAGCGCGCUGCGCCAUGGAGUCAUUCUCCGGUCUUCGCCGAACUCUACGGGAAGAACAGAAGAGAACCGCGGGAGAGGAAAAACGUUCUCCUACAUUUUUGACUCCCUUUGACGACGAGUUGUCACACGAUUCCACUGACGCCUCGGCGGAGUUGCUGAACGACUCGAAUGACCUUUUAAUGAUCGAGGACGAGAGUACGUUACCGCUGCCGGCAGCCGAUCUCACCAUAGAUGCUGAGAAGCUGGUGAUGAGGGAGUUGCAGAUACGACUGAGCACUGUCCGGUUCUUCAAGGGGCUGGACCCCUUCGGGAUUCCCAACAUCCACCGGUUCAACCGUGAGGCACUCGAGCUGCUCUAUGCCGCCCCAGUAGAGUCGCGCGACUUUAUCGAGGCAUCGAAGCACAUUCGUGGCUUGCGCGCCUACAGCAAAGGCAAGCAAGGCUACAAGCCGCUUGCGUCUCUCUCGUACCACCACCCACGACUACUGCAGGGCCUCCUGCACCGCAGCUUUGAGAGCCCUGCUGCGUGGUACAGAUGGCUCACGGGCUGCGCGACGUGUGUGGAGACAAGCUUGAUUGAGGUGCGCAAUGCACACCGGGACGGUAUUUACGUCAAUGCAGGGCGUCAUGCGAGAAGCUCGACUGGUGGUACAGCGCUCGACUCCGAUGACGUCCAGGCAGCGUCGGCGCUGGUGCCGACGUCUUCGACUCUUAACUUCAAGGAGAGUUCCACAAUGGAGGAUCUGGCAGAGCAGAUACAUCUGCUGUGGCGCGGUCUCAAGCAUUCACCGCAAUGCAACGGCGACAGAAACGAGGGCGCACCGCCGUGCCUUCGCGCGAAGGUGUACGUGUACGGCAGCAGCGAUGCCCCUGUCCUUCACCGCACGCUGGGGCUGGCGCUCACUGGGACACCCCUGCCAUGCCACCUCUCACGGCGAGGUCUUUCAAAAGGCUCUCAGGCUUCUGGGUCGAAACAGCUACCUGACAGGGCUGCUGCUGCUGCUGCAUUGGGGUCUGCGCAUCGGACAUCAUCACCGCCGAUACGGCUGCUGCUCUCGCCUCUGGGGGCAGCGGUAGUGGAUGCCACGCGACACCCUCUCUUCACGGCAGCUGGCUUUGCCUCGUCCCCUAAGAAGCCGCCAUCGCUGAUGACGGCACUGGAGAAAGCUGCAAGCAGUGACGCGACGGCGGCGGCGCUCUUGUCAGCUCCGCAGUGGCACGAUCCGCUGUGGGAUGCCCAGGCGCUUGCGUGUGUCUGUGCGUGUGCUGGCAUGGCGCGCACUCCUGAAGAGUGGGAAAAAGGAGGUAGAGCCACGCACCAGUGA